CGCGGCCGUGGAGAAGCGAGUAUAGCUGCCGCCGGCCGGCAGGUGUCGCCCUUGUGCCGGAGCGGCCUCCGGCCGUGGUGUGCGCAGGCGCAGAAGGCGUUUCCGGCGCCGGCCUCCCGCGCCACCGCCUCCUUGGAGAGGAUGCUCGGGCUGGGCUGUGGACUGAGGCCGAUCGGAGCGGGACUUGGUGCUCGGGCCUCCGCCCGGCUCCCUGCGGGCGCCGCGAUGCCGAAAAAAGCUGGUGCGACGAACAAGGGUAAAAGCCAGAGCAAGGAGCCAGAGAGACCACUUCCUCAAUUAGGUCCUGUGGCAGUUGAUCCUAAAGGUUGUGUCACCAUAGCCAUCCAUGCCAAACCUGGCUCUAAACAAAAUGCUGUAACAGAUCUGACCCCCGAGGCUGUGAGUGUCGCCAUCGCGGCUCCCCCGUCAGAAGGAGAGGCCAACGCGGAGCUCUGUCGGUUUCUCUCCAAGGUCCUGGAGCUCAGGAAGAGCGAUGUGGUUUUGGAUAAGGGCGCUAAAUCUCGUGAAAAGGUGGUGAAGCUUCUGGCCUCCACGAGUCCAGAAGAGGUCUUGGAGAAAUUGGAGAAGCAAGUUGAGAAAAAAUAAAAGUUCUAAACAUCCCUGACCCCGAAUGGCUUGGAAAGUAUGACCUGGAUUUCAUGGCAUUACAGAACAGCCGGAGAGGACAGUCAAGAUGACCUGAGUCGGCCCCUUUUCUUUUGUGACGGGGCCUCUGAUCUCCCGAAGCUGAGAGACACUCGGGGUCGCACUGUGCACGGUGACGACCAGGACCCAGGUCCCUUGGCUGCUGGUUGAGUGCGGCCCGCCCCAACGGGAGACCGACAGGACACUGUCCCCACGCCACUGCCGGCGUUCUGGGGACGGCCUUCCACUCCGGUUUCCACGCGACGGGAAAACCGGUCCCUGCUGUGUAGUCUGUAUGUUUCAAAAUGCGUAUCUAUGUGCAAAACUGUCGUCUGCAUCUUUUUUAAAAUGCUUGAGCAUUUUGUGAGAAUGUAAGAAUAAUGGAGACUUGCACAGGCACACCUCUUCCCGUGGCCCUUUGCAGGGACCGGUGGUUUCACGCGCUGGAGGGCCGUGGCCGCUCUGUGCUGAGCAGUUCUCUCAGGGCCGCUUUCCCAGCGGCACUCGCUCGCUUCGUGUCUCCGGGUCACGUUUUGGUGAUUCGCACAAUAUUUCAUGCUUUUCGUUAUUAUUAUAUCUGUUACGGUGACCUGUGGACAGGGACCCUUGAUGUUUCUGUUGUCCUUGUUUCAUGGCACGGUGAACCGCACCCACACGAGACAGUGAACUUGGUGGAUAAGCGUGUGUGCUCUGGCCACUCCACCUGCCAGCUGUCCCUCCAUCUCUCCCCCUUCCCUCCGGCCUCCCUGUCCCCCGGGACACAGCAGCGGUGCAGUCAUCAGGCCGGAGGACCACCCGACAAUGGCCUCUCGGUGCCCGAGCGAGAGGAAGAGCCUCACGGCCCUCACUUUGCACCAGAAACUGGAGAUGAUCACGCUCAGCGAGGGGGGCGUGUCCAAGGCAGAGGUCGGCCGCAAGCCGGGCCUCCUGCGCCAGACCGUCCGCCAGGUCGGGAAUGCGAAGGAGAAGUCGCUGACGGAGAUGUAUAAGAUGUGUGAUGUAUGAGGAGAUGUAUGAUGAGAUCGACGUCGUUUUCACGCCGCGUCCGCGCUGCGGCCCGUGGGUCAGGGGGUCCUCUCAGCGCCAGGUCCUGCUAUUUGAGAAACACGUUCCGUGAGGCCAUGGCUGCUGUGGACCGCGGCUCCUCCGACGGGUCUGGGCAGAGUAAACUGAGAACCUUCGGGAAGGGGUUCACCAUUCCAGAAGCCAUCAAGAACAUACGUGACUCAUGGGACGAGGUCGGAAUCUCCACGCUCACAGGAGUCUGGAGGACGCUGAUCCCAGCCCCCCCAGAGGGCUCAGGGAGGGGCCGACGUCUUGCGCGGAGGAGGUCGCCGCGGACGUGGUGGACACCGCGAGAGACCUGGACCUGGGCGUGGAGCCCGAGGACGUGGCCGACUGGCUGCGGUCCCACGACGAGCCUCCGACGGACGAGGGUUUGCUGCUUGUGGUCAAGCAGAGAGGGUGGUGUCCCCAGACGGAGUCUCCCGCGGCGACGAAGAGGUGGGGCCUGCGGAAUUGGCGACAGGGGAUCUGGAACACUACGUGGGCUUGGUGGGCGAAGCGGCGUCAGGCUUUGAGAGGACGGACCACAGUUUUGAGAGGCGUUCCGCCGUGGGUAAAGUGCUGUCAAAUAGCAUUGCGUGCGACGGAAAAAUUAUUCGUGAAAGGAAGAAGCAGUCGGCGAGGCAAACGUCACUGUUGCCUUAUUUGAAGAGGUCGCCCCAGCCACCCCCGCCUUCGGCAACCACCACCCCGAUCGGUCAGCAGCCGCUGACAGCGAGGCGAGACCCUCCGCCAGCAAAGGGACUGCGACUCCCGGAAGGCUCAAACGACGGUUAGCAUUUUUCUGCUGUAAAAUACUUUUCAAGGUGUGUACGUCGUUCUGCUUACACCUCGCCCUGACAGAGCCCAAGAAAGAGGCAAAACCCAGCUCGUCCUGCCCCGGCGGCAGGAGCAGGAAACCUGGCUCCGGCGGCCUCUCCCCACCCACUCCUUUGCUAGGGGGGGGCCUCUCCCCACCCACUCCUUUGCUGGGGGGCUGGAGAGAGAGCCAGAGCGUGUAGGUGGUGCCUUUGCAGGGUUUAAAAUCCCAGGCGGCUGAAAACUCACACACGGAGGGAGGCAGUUCUUUCCUGGGCUGUGGGUUCCCAGCAUCCCCCCCUGUGCAAAAAUUCUAGGGAUUUGGGUAAGUAGUUCCUUUAACUAUAAUGCAGAAUAUCAAUUUUGGAACCUGCCAUGGCCCCCACGUCAGGUUUUUUAUUUAACACAUGUGCCUAGAGACUAAAAACGCAAGGACCUACUAGAUUUUCCAUUUUGGUCCAGGAGGGGGCACCACAGCGCCGAAGCGGAGAGCCGCCCAACGUGAAGAAGGCACUGAACUGCGCUGUCGGGAAGUCCCUCCUGCAGCGCCUGAGACCGGGGAUCCUUCCUGCCCCGUUUUCUCGUUUUCUCGUUUUCUCCGAGGCCCCUCGGAGGCUGCCGUCUCCCCAUGCCGUGAGCGUAGCUCAGGCUGGAACGUGGUGCCAGCCCAGGCCGGCUGGGUGCCCAGAAGGUCAGGGCCACUGCCGUGGAGGAGUCAGUAUGACCCCCAGUGCCUCCCUUAACUCACAGCUUUCAGAAAUCCCCUUCAGUUGAAGUUUUUGAGAAUGGAAUCGGGCUGGACGACCGACAGGGACUCAAUUCUAAAUGAGAGGCCAAAUGUACUCGUUUGAGUCGAGAACACGCCUGCCAGCGAGACUGGGCCGCGGCACCCCCUGGCGAGCACGUCCCGCGCCCCGCCCCUUUGGGCCGUCUCCUCCGCCAGCUGUUCCGAGGCCACCUGGAGGGCGUGGGGUCGGGGGCGGGGGAAAGCGCGUGGCCGUCUGGAGCUCGCGUUUCUGCCGCGGGGAGCGGCCCCGUGUGUCUCCCAGCCCCUCCCCUGGGACGGUACCGGACACUGGGGAUGGAGGCACAGGCGCUGCCUUUUUCUGAGCUCCGGGGGCGACACCGCCUACGUCUCCCCACACAGGCUCUCUUCAGGGAGUCCUUACGAUGCAGUGGAGAUGCCCGGCAUUCCAUGACCCUGUUCCGGCUGUGUGUCCAGCCGUCUGUCUGGUCCCCUUGCUGUGAGAGUUCGGGGGGGGCACAGGCCGACACUCUGCGGCACCAGUUGUAGACUGUGGUCAUUUCUGCGUGAAGCUCCCCUCACCCGCCGUGCCGUUUGACUUUCGCAGUGGCUUUCAAGCUGUGUCAGAGCCUUAGGUUUCCCUAGUGACACCUGGGGGUGGGAGCAUCGUGGGGAGUCGGGGGGCGAGGCAACAGAACGCUGAGCUUUUUGUCCUCCCAGAGCUGUGCUUCCGACGCGGGCCCGGCCACCACACGUGGCUGGUGAGCGCUGGCAGGGUGGCCAAUCAGGUUUCAGAAUAAAAGGUGAAAGUGUCAUCAAAAUAACAGCCACGUUGGAGACACCACCAAGAAAGAAGAUGUCGAACGUGGCAUGUGAUUCGGCGGGUGGGACAGAGGAAGGGGAGCGAGGGGAGGGAGGCGGCCGGAGCAGAGACCGAGAGGACGUCAGCUCCUCCCUCGCUGGAGUCUGAGGAAGGGAAGCCAAGAGGUGGAACCGACAAACACGUGAAGGUGUCGUCAUCAAGGAAGUCCUGGAAAAAUGAUGAGACAAAGGUGCAGACGUAAGGCACAGCGUCCCGGUGGAACACGAACCAAGGGUGACCGACGACGGAACACGACCUGGUCCAGUCCUCCGAUUUAGAAUGUGACAACUCACCGCCGUCCAAACGGGAAACUGGAGUCACGGGCGGGGGGUGAGGGGGCACACACCUGCACGCUCACGUGUCAUGGGGGGACUGAACGGCUGCAGUGUUUGUUUUAGGGAAUGGGGUGGCGUUUAUUAAAACUGAAAGCACCAGUCCUUUGACCCCCCCCCCCAGUUCCACUUUUGCAGACGACCCCACAGAGCACGUCCGAGCACCGGAGGACGCGGGAAGCAGUGGGCGUCGUCAGCAGGGCGGAGAACGGGAGACGGCCCAGUGUCCGCCUGGAGCAGAACGGUCGUGCUGUCAUUCGGAAAAUCC